CUUAUCAAUGGAAGAUGGACACCGAGAGGAUGAACCUGCACCUGUCAGCGCCGUGAGGGAGAGAGACUCCAAGCUCGAGCUUUUUGAGAGUGACCCUCUGGUCGAUGCUGUCGGCGUGAGAAGGAUGGCUGGUGAGCAUCCCAUGAGUCCUCGUGACGGCGAUGAGAUGCACGUUCACCGAGGUUCCGACAGGAGCAUGAAAGUAGCGAAGCUGGGUACACUGACCGGCGUGUACAUCCCGUGCGUUCAAAACAUCCUCGGAAUCAUCUUCUACAUUCGUCUUUCCUGGAUUGUGGGUAUUGCGGGUAUCGGGCAGAGCCUGCUGCUGGUUGCGCUGACGUGCCUCAGCACAGUCCUCACGGGCUUAUCCCUCUCUGCCAUUGCCACCAACGGCGCCAUGAAGGGAGGCGGCCCUUACUACCUGAUAGGGCGAGCGCUAGGGCCUGAGGUGGGAGUGAGCAUAGGGCUGUGCUUCUUCCUCGGCAAUGCAGUCGCUGGCUCCCUAUACAUUCUUGGUGCGGUCGAAACGCUGCUGGAUUGGCUCCCCCAGAUGUCCCUCUUUCCACCGGAGCAGGUGACGUUUGGCGUGAACUCAACGACCAACUCGACGGUGGAGCUGGCGUCGACAGCGGACAUGCAGGUGUACGGAGUGAUCGUGACCGUCGCGCUGUGCAUCGUGGUGCUGGGGGGCGUGCGCGUGGUCGUGCGCGUGGGGCCGCUCUUCCUCAUCCCCUCCAUCCUCGCCAUCAUCUGCAUCUUCAUCGGAAUCAUCGUUGCUCCCCGCAGCGGCAGCCCAGAGGGGCUGACUGGGCUGAGCGGCAGCACGCUGGCGAGCAACUGGGCGUCGGAUUACCAGAAGACCAACGCCAACGGCAUUCCCGAUGAGAACGGCAAUUUCAACUGGAGCUUCACUCAGCUGUUGGGUCUCUUCUACCCGGCGGUCACGGGCAUAAUGGCGGGCAGCAAUCGGUCGGCGUCGCUCAAGGACACGCAGAAGUCCAUCCCCAUUGGGACCCUGUGGGCCAUCGGCACCACCACGCUGCUCUACGUUUUUGCUGUCUUCAUGUUCGGCUCUGUGGCGCUGAGGGAUCUGCUGCUCACUGACCGGCUGCUCACGGCCACCCUGGCCUGGCCGUCCCCAGCAGUGGUAUACAUCGGCAUCAUCCUCUCCACACUUGGCGCCGCCAUGCAGAACCUCAUGAGCGCACCACGUCUGCUCACAGCCAUCGCCAACGACGACAUUCUCCCCAUCCUGGACUGGUUCAAAACAGAGGACAACCAGGAGCCCUACCUCGCCACGCUCUGCACGCUGCUCAUCUGCGCCGGCUUUGUGUGCAUUGGAGAUGUGGACUAUGUCACGCCGGUGAUCACCAUGUUCUUCCUGCUGUGCUAUCUCGGGGUGAACCUCUCCUGCUUCCUGCUGGAUCUGUUGGAUGCGCCGUCGUGGCGCCCGAGGUGGAAGUGGCACCACACGCUCACCGCCCUCGCUGGCGCCGUCCUUUGCGUUACGAUCAUGUUCAUGAUAUCGUGGUUCUUCACGCUGCUGUGUCUGCUGCUAGCGGUGCUCAUCUACUACUACGUCAGCCUCAAGGGCAAGGCCGGCGACUGGGGCGACGGCUUCAAGUCUGCCUACCUGCAGCUCGCCCUGCGCUCCCUCAAGUUCCUUGGAGCGAGUCAGGUGCAUCCCAAGAACUGGUACCCCAUCCCGCUCAUCUUCUGCAAGCCCUGGGGCAUCCUGCCUCCCGACAUGCCAUGCCAUCCGAAGCUUGCUGACUUUGCCAACUGCAUGAAGAAGAAGGGGCGCGGAAUGACCAUCUUCGCCACCAUUCUUGAGGGCCGCUUCAGGGACCGGGCAGAUGAUGCACGGUCAGCCAGCCACCUGCUGCUGAGCUACAUUGACUACAAGCGCUGCGAGGGGGUGGCAGAGGCCAUCGUGGCUGACUCGCUCAACGAGGGAUUCCGCAUCGCCGUGCAGACCAUGGGGCUCGCAAAUCUCAAGCCCAACAUUGUGUGCAUGCGCUACCCUGAGAUCUGGCGCGAAGACAUCCAGCGGGACAUCCCCGGCACGUUUGUGAACGUCAUCAACGACUGCAACACGGCGAACAAGGCGUGUGUGAUCGUGAAGGGGCUGGACGAGUGGCCGGGCGAGUACCAGAAGCAGUACGGCACCAUCGACCUCUACUGGAUCGUGCGGGAUGGAGGCAUCAUGCUGCUGCUGUCCCAGCUGCUGCGGGCGAAAGAGAGCUUUGAGAACUGCAAGAUCCAGGUGUUCUGCAUUGCGGAGGAGGACACAGGCGCGGAGAACCUGAAGCUGGACGUGAGCAAGUUCCUGUACGACCUGCGCAUGCAGGCUGACGUCAUUGUCGUCACCAUGAAGGCCUGGGAAGACGUCGUGUCCGAUGCUGAGGGCGCAGAGGCAGAGCUCGCCCGGCAAGGCGCCAUGGAGGCUUUCACUCGGGCGCGGCGCAACAUAGCCCAGAGAAUGAGCGAGGACCCCGAGGCUGAGACGCACCACUCACUGCUGGACGAGAGCAAGGUGAAUAAGUUCCUCUACACCACAAUCAAGCUCAACUCCAUUAUUCUGCGGUACUCGCGCAUGGCUGCUGUGGUGCUCGUCAGUCUCCCGCCUCCCCCUCAGAACCAUCCCCCUUAUUGCUACAUGGAUCACCCCAAAACUCUUUUCCCCGCCGCCUCUCUUCCCGCCUCCCCUGUCCCCGCGCAUGGCCAGCGCGGCGGCGGGCCUUGGGGGGAGGCGGGGGAGGGGGCGAGGCGCGUGGGGGAGGCGCAGCCCGCAGCAGCGGUGCAGGCGCACAGGGGGGCGGCGUUUGGGCUCAAGACGUGCGCUAUGGGGGGACAGCCGCUGCUGUUCAGCUGCGGGGACGACGGUCGUGUUGCAGGGUGGCGGUGGAGCGACCUCCUCUCAUCCAAUCCUGCUCAAGUGGCCCCCUGCGUUGACCUGGUCAACCCCCCCACCACGUGGGCUGCUGCAAGGGGCGUGGCAGUGGUGCCAGAGACCAACGCCAUUGAUGUUGACGAGCAGGAGUCUCAGAAGCGGGUCGCUGAGUUUAGGGGCCACUCAGACUACCUGCACUGUGUGGUGGCACGGCCGCAGCACCACCAGAUAGUGACGGGGUCUGAGGACGGCACAUGCCGAGUAUGGGGUGGGUGGGGCCGCUGGGCUGGCAUGCUAUUGCCGCACAGCCACCGCAGUGCUGUGUCUCAACCCCUUCACUGCGCGCCAAGCACCCCUCUCCCCCUCUUCGUCCUCCUCCCCCGCCUCGCCUUGGGCGGCAGCACGGCGUCUCUCUUCUCUCUGCAGGCACCCGCCUCUGCACUGCUGCGUGUGUCUCUUGGCGCGCCAGUGCAUGCCGUGGCCAUGGGGAGGGAUGCGGAUGAGGUGAGAGACACACAUGGGGGAGGCAUGGUGGGUGUCUUUGGGCCCAGUCAUAAGGCUCUGCUGCACAUGUUUCUGGCCGCACCGGUGCAUGCGGUGGCCAUGGGGAGAGGCGCAGAUUAG